UCUGAUCGGACUCUCCUCCCAUUGUAGAAGCUGCUGUGGACCGACCUAGACCCAGUCUUUUGGAAGCACCAACGUGCAGUACAGGAAGCGUCUCGUUUGUUUUGUUAGUUGUAUUUUUUAGUUUCUCCUGUUUCCUUUUGGCUGGACUUCAACUCCAGGUCACCAACCAUGCCGGGCCUGCUUCAUCACAUCCUAUGUCUGCUGUUGUUGCUUCAGUGCGGCUGGGCUCGCCUCGCACCUGAAGGUUACGACGUCGGAGCCGUGCGUCAAGGUGGUGCUGAGGCGCAGCCGGCUGUGGAUCAGCGCGUCCUUGCGCACGAGAGCGCGAGCCGGGACGUGGUCUCCGUCAACAUGUUUAAAGUAUAUGAGAGGUACAGUAAAGAACCGCAGAGCCGGAUGCAGGGAAACACCGUGAGGAGCUUCAAAGCUGUCCCGAGAGUCUUACACGGAAAAGAGCUUUUUCAGUUCAACCUGUCCUCCAUCCAAAGCUCUGAGAUUGUGCUCUCUGCCUCUUUCCACUUUCUCUACAAACGGCCCCGCCACCACCAGAGACAGUGGCGUUUCCGAAGACCUCACCACCUCGCCAGUGGUCUCCGGCAUACCUCACAGAUUAUUUUCUAUGGAUCCUCCACAAACUCUGCUUUUGGAAACAUAACCCUUGCACAUUUCAAGAAAAGUUCUUGGCAAACCAGGGAUGUAACAUCAGUGGUUAAACAGGCCAGGACUGGGAAACAGCUUGUGAUCAUGGCGGAGUUUGAUCCAGGGUUUGAAGCUUCACAGGUGCAGCAAAAGGGCCUUCUCAGCAAAGAACGCCUCUCUGCAGAAAGCCUGCCGUACAUCUUGGUAUACGCUGAUGAUCAAGCUAUAGACGAGCCAAACAGUGUCGCCAUGUCACUCCAGAGGUACGGACCAUUCCCUGUUGGGGAGGACAUUUCUACCUCUUCUGCAUCUUCAAGGAUCCGGAGGGAACUCCACCUCCAGAUCCAAACCAAUGACAUCCCAGAGAUUCACUUCAGCACCCUGAAAAACCAUGAACUGUGGCAGAACACAUACUUCCCAGAUAAAACUAAAGCUGCAGUGAAAACCGGGAGGACACGUGGCCAGCUGAGUGGCGAGGGCACGAGUAAGCCCAAAGUUCUGAGCUUUGACGAGAGGACAAUGAAAAAGGCCCGAAGGAGACAGUGGAGCGAACCCAGGGUUUGCUCUAGACGCUACCUCAGGGUGGACUUUGCAGACAUUGGCUGGAGCGAAUGGGUGUUGGCACCAAAGUCUUUUGAGGCAUACUACUGCUCCGGAACCUGUGGAUUCCCCAUUCCCAAAGUGGCGCAACCCUCCAAUCACGCCACCAUCCAGAGCAUCGUCAGAGCUGUUGGUAUCGUCCCUGGUGUCCCAGAACCGUGCUGUGUUCCUGACAAGAUGAGCCCCCUCAGUGUUCUCUUUCUGGAUCCAGACAGGAACCUGAUGCUGAAGGUCUACCCUGGAAUGUCUGUUGACUCAUGCGCUUGUCGGUAGGGCUGUGCAAGCCGCCGGAAACGGACUAGUAGAGACAAUGAGGAUGACCAGUUAUGUAGACUCAGGAGGAGCAUGAAGCAGCAUGGAGGCACAUGUCAGGGGAGGAAGAGGUGUGGCGAGACACACUGAGAACCGACUGAGAAAGUCUGAACAGGUUUAUUCUGAACUUUUGACUUGUUUUCGUUUAUGACAUGUCCGGUUGCCUUAAGCUUUUCUAACAGAUUGUAUAGUCGACUUGUAUUAUCCGAUCUGUUUUCACUCAUUUUCUGCCUUCUUUCAAAGAGUCUCAGGACGUUCACCUAAGCAAACGUGUGUUUGCAGUUCUUUGUGUUGACCGGCUGGACGUUGAAGAUUCAAAACAGAACUCCAGCUGGGAGAUCACACACCUUAGAUUGAUACGAAAAGCCAUCCAUCCGUUUUCUAUACCUGCUUGUCCAUGCAGGCUCAUGGGGGGCUGGUGCCUGCCUCCAGUAGUCUUCAGGCAAACAGGCAUGAAACGCUUUUGUCUUAAUUUUUUUAUUAAACAAUGCUUAAAAAGGAUUAUUACGCAUUUCAUCUGAGAAGGGUAAUAACGGUUUUCCUUGGUCAAAAUGUACACGGACCUGCUUAAUGAAUCCGCUCAGACUCCUCAGGAAAGGAUCAAAUGGUUCGUCAAAUUAGUUGUUUGAACUGGAUUUCGACAUUUUUUUUCUAUUUUCUGUCAUUUCCAGAUCUCAAGGUUGGUCAAGCUGAUGGUAUCCACCCUGGUAGACACGCUUUGUUGACUUUUCGUCAAGUUUUAGUGUGACACCAACCAAGCGAUGCUCCAAUCAUCACCAUUGUCUUUGUUCCUUGAAGUUCAACCAAAACAUUAGCAGUAGUUUGCUCAUACAUUCUCUCAAAAGCUUGCAUUUGAUUUUAUGUUGAAGGUUCAAGAAUGCCAAGCAGUAGGACUAUUACAGCAUAGGGUAGAACCAAUGCACUGCUGCCACCUACUGGGCAUUUGGUCAUAUUUGGAGGAAAUCCAGAAUGUGGAAUGAAGCAAACAUGGCUGCUGUGGAGUUUACUCUUCAUAAACAUGGGCUCUCUGACAGACAUGUAUAAUUAGUGAUGUGUACAGUAAUAACCAUAUAAUUGAAGUAAAAACUUCCACAAAUGAAUCCACUAAUGAGUAUGUGAACAUAAGCUGUAAUGACAUGUUUUUGCUCAAUAUGGUCAGAAAGAACAGCUGAAUUGUACAUAUAAACACGGCUGUUGAAAAGUUUUAAUGGGAACAAAAUGUAAUAAUAAAGCUGAAAUGAUAUUUUUGAAAUAAAUGACAAAUACUUGA